AUGGAGGCCUCUGCACGCGAGUGGACUGCGGAGGAGGUGGCCAAACACAACACCAAAGAGGAUUGCUACGUCAUCGUGCACGGCGGAUUCAAUUUGAUAUUCCGAAUUGCCGGUACGGAUGCAACAAAGGACUUCGAGGGCAUGUUCCAUUCGAAGAAAGCGCGGGUCAUCUUGGAGGGUCUCUGCGUUGGCACGUUGAAGAGCGCUGCUGGCGGCAAGCCUGGAACCGCGGCGAGCUCGGCCAGUGGCGGGUUCCUGUCGCCGCUGGCCAUCAAAUCCAACAUGCAGGCGUCGGUGCGCGGUCAGGCCGGCUUCAUCGCCCCUUCUCGCUACAUGUCGCCCGGCUCCGUCAUGCGACCACCGCCGGCCCGAUCAUCCGAGCGGGUCCCCAAGGGGUUGGCCACAUCAUCAGCGAUUCCAGGCGAUCCCAUCCACCCGGUCGAGUGGCGCCGCUACACGCUCGUGCAGGUCCUGCCGCUCAACCACAACACCAAGAUUUUCCGGUUCGGGCUGGCCAAGCGUGACUUGGCCUUGUCACUGCCGCUCGGCCUGCACAUUCAAGUCAGAGCGGUCAUAGACGGCGAGACCGUGGUGCGCGCCUACACGCCCACCAGCCCACCCUGGCAAAAGGGCACGUUCGAUCUGGCCGUCAAGCGGUACGAUGACGGCCCGCUGUCGCGAUACAUUCACGAGCUCGACGUGGGCCAGGUGGUGGAAAUGAAGGGACCCAAGGGCGAGUUUGUCUACACGCCCGGCAAAUGGACCACCCUCGCAAUGAUCUGCGCAGGUACCGGGCUCACGCCCAUGCUGCAGGUGAUUCGGGGCAUUUUUGAAGAGAACGAAAAGACGCACACAGUCGCGACGGAGAACCGACCCAAGAUCAUCUUGAUCGCGGCCAACCGGCGAGAGGAGGACAUUCUAUUCCGUGACGAGCUGGCGUCCCUCCAGACCCGAUUCCCUUCCCACAUCCAAGUCCACCACCUGCUGAGCCAGCCGAGCGAGGAGUGGGCCGGCCACCGCGGGCGCAUUUCACAGGAGCUGUUGGCCGCCAGCCUGCCGCCACCGGGCGAGGUCUCCGCUGCCAGCGGCGUCCUGCUGACCUACUGCGGACCCACCGGCUUCGAGGUGUUCGUCGAGAGCUCGCUCCUCUCCCUGGGCUACCCCGUACAGCAGCUCUUCAAAUUCUGA